AUGCUGCUACUGCUGCCAGGUUCAGACAGACCCCAACAGGAGACCAGGGUUCAGACCCCCCCAAUCAGGAGACCAGGGUUCAGAGACCCCCCCCCAACCAGAAGACCAGGGUUCAGACCCCCCCCCAUCAGGAGACCAGGGUUCAGAGACCCCCCCCCAUCAGGAGACCAGGGUUCAGUUCAGACCCCCCCCCAUCAGGAGACCAGGGUUCAGACCCCCCAACCAGGAGACCAGGGUUCAGACCCCCCAACCAGGAGACCAUGGUUCAGACCCCCCAACCAGGAGACCAGGGUUCAGACCCCCCAUCAGGAGACCAGGGUUCAGACCCCCCCCCCGUACCCAAUCAGGAGACCAGGGUUCAGAUCCCCCAACCAGGAGACCAGGGUUCAGACCCCCCAACCAGGAGACCAGGGUUCAGACCCCCCCCAUCAGGAGACCAGGGUUCAGACCCCCAAUCAGGAGACCAGGGUUCAGACCCCCCCAACCAGGAGACCAGGGUUCAGACUCCCCCCCAACCAGGAGACCAGGGUUCAGACCCCCCAACCAGGAGACCAGGGUUCAGACCCCCCCAACCAGGAGGCCAGGGUUCAGACCCCCCCAGGGUUCAUCCAGGAGACCAGGGUUCAGACCCCCAACACCCCCCCCAACCAGGAGACCAGGGUUCAGACCCCCCCCCCGUUCCCAUUCCAGGAGACCAGGGUUCAGAGCCCCCCAAUCAGGAGACCAGGGUUCAGACCCCCCAACCAGGAGACCAGGGUUCAGAUCCCCCCCCAACCAGGAGACCAGGGUUCAGACCCCCCGUUCCCAACCAGAAGACCAGGGUUCAGAUCCCCCAAUCUGGAGACCAGGGUUCAGACCCCCAACCAGGAGACCAGGGUUCAGAUCCCCCCCCAACCAGGAGACCAGGGUUCAGAUCCCUCCCCCAACCAGGAGACCAGGGUUCAGAUCCCUCCCCCAUUCCCCAUCAGGAGACCAGGGUUCAGAUCCCCCCCCCGUUCCCAAUCAGGAGACCAGGGUUCAGAUCUCCCAGGGAAAAUCAGGAGACCCCCGUUCCCAAUCAGGAGACCAGGGUUCAGAUCCCUCCCCCCCGUUCCCCAUCAGGAGACCAGGGUUCAGAUCCCCCCUGUGGACAC